UCUCAUCUCCCUCUAAUUAUCUCUCUCUAUAUCUAUAUAUGUAUAUGUGUCUACUUACUACACACAAAUAAUACAUAAGAAUAUUUUUGGCCCCUUUGCCAUCUUUUUUUGUGUAUUGUAAAACAAAGGGUGGAGAAAAAUAAAGAGUGUUUUUUUUUUUCUAUUAUAGUACAUUAUUAUUGUCCUCUGGUGCUUUUUUUGGUGCUGGUUCUUGCAAAAUUUUUGUGUUGUGAAAUUUAUAUUGCAAGAAUUAGCACCACCAUUUGAAGCAGAUUGGUGAAAAGGGUGUUGGGUUUUUUUUGCAGAUUUUUUUUUGUUGUGGAUUUAUUGUGCAAGAUUUGUCACCAUUUAGGGAGAUUCUUGAAAAGGGUGUUGAUGAAAACUUGUGAUUUGAGGGGGUAAAUGGAGUAGAUAUAGAGAAGGAUUAGGAUUUUUUGGGGUAUAUAGAGAGUUAAAGGGUAUAAGCUACAUUUUCUUGAAAAUGGGAUCUUAUCAACUAAUAAGAGAGAAGAAUGAUGCAAGAUUAAGAUGGGAUCCACAACAACAACAACAACAACAACAACAACAACAAGGGGAUGUUGUUCAAGUUCAACCAGAAGGCAAGAAUUUGUUGUAUCCUAGGAUUGAGGUUAUUACAAGUGAUGUAACAAAGGAUAAUGAUUUAGAGUUGUCUUUUCAAAAAUUUGUUUCAUCGCCGAAAUCACCUUUGUCCACAUUGCCUAAAUCGAGUGCUGAUCAUAUCGGCAAUGGUGGACAACAUUUUCGUAGGUCUAAGAGUGGUGGUUCUACUGCAGGCGAUGGUCGCCUUCUUUCUCUUGACAUUUUCCGUGGAAUCACUGUUGCGUUAAUGAUAUUUGUGGAAUACGCUGGUGGAAUUUAUCCUGCUAUAAAUCAUUCACCAUGGGAUGGGAUAACCCUCGCAGAUUUUGUCAUGCCAUUUUUCCUCUUCAUUGUUGGAGUGUCACUUGCACUUGCGUACAAGAACAUGUCCUGCAGAGUUAGUGCGACUGGAAAGGCAGUACAUCGCGCACUUAAGCUUCUAAUCCUUGGACUCUUUCUUCAAGGCGGCUAUUUUCACGGUAUCAAAAAUCUAACUUAUGGAGUUGACAUUGAGAGAAUCAGAUGGAUGGGUAUAUUGCAGAGAAUUGCAAUAGCAUUUUUGUUGGCAGCAAUGUGUGAAAUUUGGCUCAAGGGUGAUAAUAAAGUCAAUUCAGGACAAUCUUUGUUGAAGAGAUACCAUCAACAGUGGGCCAUGGCUAUAAUGGUUACCGCUUUAUACCUUUCUUUGUUCUACGGUUUAUAUGUUCCUGACUGGGAAUAUCAGGUGCCGAUGGACUCAUCAUCUUCGGAAGCAAAGAUAUUCACAGUGAAAUGUGGUGUACGGGGAGACAGUGGACCAGCAUGUAAUGCUGUUGGAAUGAUUGAUCGAAAAAUAUUGGGCAUUCAACACUUAUAUACAAGAGCUAUUUAUGGCCGAUCAAAAGAAUGUAGUGUCAACUCCCCUAACUACGGUCCCCUUCCUCUAGAUGCUCCAUCAUGGUGUCAAGCCCCUUUCGACCCGGAAGGACUGUUGAGCUCAUUGAUGGCUAUUGUAACUUGCUUCAUUGGUUUGCAUUACGGACACAUCAUUGUCCAUUUCAAGGAUCAUAAAAUUCGAAUUCAGCAAUGGUUGGUACCAUCCUCUUGUCUCGUACUGUUGGGUGUAACAUGUGACUACUUCGGGAUGCACUUAAACAAGGUUUUAUACUCCUUCAGUUAUAUGUGUGUUACUGCUGGCGCUGCUGGCUUUCUCUUCACUGCUGUUUAUAUGAUGGUUGACGUGUGGGGCUAUCGACACUGGACCACAGUACUGAAAUGGAUGGGAACAAACGCGUUGCUGAUUUACGUUCUUGUAUCAUGCAACAUCCUACCGGUUAUUUUGCAGGGAUUCUAUUGGAGGCGGCCUGAAAACGACAUUCUCACGAUGAUUGGUGUCGGACCUAAGAAGUAGCGAGCACAAAUCAAUAACCGGCAUGCUGAGGCGCUAAAACAUUUUUUCACCAAUGCUUGAUAAUUUUUUUGCGGAAGUGAAACAUCAAAGCUAGUACGAGGCCAGAUCUUUUCCAUCUUAACGCGUGACACUCUCUAUAUGUAAAUGUAUGUAUAUGUAUUAUAAAUCGACUUAAUGAGUGCACGAUACACACACAGACACCAUAUUUUAUUAGCUCGAUUAAUUGACAGAACCGCGGUUUUUUCAUAAGUCUGCUCAUAGAAGCAGCCAGAGGUAUUACCUCUAUGGAAACUGCAGUGUUUACUGUCUUAGUAGUUAGUUUUAGGUCCAGUGAGAUUGGCUCUCAUCACACUAGUUGAUGUAUUAAUGGCCAUAAACCUGUUAAUCUCAGACUAGUUGGAAUCGAUUAUAUGAAUCUUUUGUAAUUUAA